AUGACCGCACAGUCCACACGCAAACUCGCACUCGUCGUCGGAGCAGGACCGGGACUCGGCGCUUCCCUCGCUCGCGCAUUCGCACGGCGUGGACAUGCAGUCGCCGUCCUCGCUCGCAGCGCACAGACGGUCCAGUCGGUCGCAGAGGACAUUCGCAAGAACGGUGGAGACGCCGCCCCCUUCGCCUGCGACGUGACGAAGCGCAAUUCGCUUGACGCAGCCCUCGCAGCGAUCAAGAAGCAGUGGCCGAACCAUAAGCUCAAAGCCGCGCUGUUCAACGCGAACUCGCCGUUCAUCAUGACACCGUUCCUCGAGCUGAAGGAGGAAGACGUCAAGCCCGGUGUCGACGUCAACUUCUACGGUGCUUUCCACUUUGCCCAGGUCACGAUUCCGCUCAUGCUCGAAGCGGGCGGCGGGUUCUUGGGCAUCACGGGCGCGACAGCGGCGUUGAAGGGAAGCGCCAAGUUUGCUGCUCUUGCGCCAGGCAAGUUUGCGUUGCGAGGACUUGCGCAAAACCUCGCCCGCGAGUUUGGACCGAAAGGGAUUCACGUCUCGCACAUCAUCGUCGACGGCAUCAUCGAGACGGACCGCGUCAAGGGCAUGAUGGGCGAAGCAAAGGAGCCCGACUCGCGCCUGCAACCCGACGCCAUCGCCGACACCUACGUCCACCUCGCCGAGCAACCGAGGAAUUGCUGGGCUUUCGAACUCGACCUGCGACCCAGUAUCGAGAAGUGGUAG